CGGUUGUUUCGGGCAAUGGAGGAUGAGGUGUGCGAUUUCCUGAGGCAGAACCGGGAGACGGCGGCAUGGCUGGAGGGGAUACGAGGGGUUUGUGAGUCGGACAAGCUGUGGCAGCACCGGAGAGAGUUCAUUUUGCGGAACCUGGCGGACUUCUGUGGGCCCGGGCAGCCGCCACCACCGCCCGACUCCAACCACCAGGGGCUGGACCGGCUCCUCGCCUACUCCAUGGUGUGGGCUAACCAUGUCUUCACCGGGUGCUGCUAUCCACCUCUUGUUAUGGAAAAAGCUCUUAAAAUGGCAGAAAAAUAUAAAGGUCACUGAUGCGCCCAUUCAUACAACUCGUGAUGAACUGGUUUCCAAGGUGAAGAAAAGAGGGAUUACAAGUAGCAAUGAUGGGCUGAGUGAGGAGCCUUCGAAGAAAAAAUCUACAGAUGAUACUUCUAGAACAGCAGUAGGCCAUACCAACUUUACUGAAGACUUAAAUUCAUCUGCCAAUGUAGAUUGGAAGGUUGAUCGUUGCCAAGAGGAGCAACGGACCGACACAGGCGUUUCCAGUUCUGCUGCUCCUCAGCACUGCAGUGGCAGCAAUGAAUCUAAUCAGAAAGCAGUGGAAGAUGGAGUACAGUUUAGCACGUCUACUGUGCAAAGCCCCCGCAGACCCACUGAUGAUGAUAUUAAGCAACGACAGUCCUUCUUUAACAAACUCUAUAAAAGAGUUGCUUGGAAGCUGGUAUCUGUUGGUGGGUUUAAUCCAAGCCAUGACUAUACAGAAGUACUUGAAGAAUGUAUUAAAACUUUAAAAUCCACACUGGACAUCGCUUUUGUUCCACUGAAAGAACUGGCAGAGUUACCUCAAAACAAAACUUCUCAGGAAAACAUGGUGUGUGAAAUGAGAUGCCAGGCUGUUUACAUUGGCAUGGGUUGUGGUAAAACAAGAGCGAGUGCCCAAGCUGUAGCAUCUAGAGAAGCAAUAAAACUUUUUCAGAAGAAGAAAUUAGUGGUGAAGAUCUGCAAGAGAAAAUACAGUGGUCGUGAGGUUGAAGAUUUGGUUCUCUUGGAUGAUGAGUCGCGCGCCCCACAGUUGCCUCCAGCGUUAAAAAAUCCACAGGAUCUUCUAUGA